AAUAAUAGUAGAGCUGAUUUUAUUCCCAAGUUUUUACAUACCUACGUACACAUAAACAUAAAUAUAUAUAUAUAUAUUUAUCAAAUAUAGUAAUAUUACUUGGCUUGUAACGGAGUUUUUGUUUCCCCACAAUAUUAUUGUUAUCUACGUACAAUGGCCGACGAAAAGUCAACUAAAAUUAGACGAAUCGAAACCGUAAAGGCAAAACCAACGACAAAGGAUAUUCUUGAAACCACAGUUUCUCAAGGACCCUUUAGUGUACUCGACAGUGCUAUGAAAGAGGGAAUCCAAAUUUUCAUUCAAUGCCGAUUUAACAAGUCUCUUCUUGCAAAUCUUCUGGCUUUCGAUAAACAUUUUAAUAUGGUCCUCCAGAACGUGGUCGAGCUUAGCGGAAACGAUAAGGGAGAUCACAAAGAAAGAACGAUUCGCAACCUUUUCCUUCGAGGUGAAUCAGUUAUUUUUGUCGUAAAGCUCAAGAAUGAUACGGAAUAAACCACAUAUCGUCAAGGAAGGAAAGAUAAAGUGGUAAUUUUCUUGUUUAUAGCAUUUCAACAAUUGUUGAAAUGAUAAAAUAAUCUGAAUGAAAGUAGGAAGAUUUGUUAUAUGUUACA